AAAUAAAAAUCAUCAAUGAACUCUCAAGAAAUUCAACCAUCAAAUUCUACACAAAUCCAAAGUGUUGAAAUAUCAAUUCAAAAUCUCAUAAAAAAUUGGCACAAAAAGCAAAGAUGGAAUUUCUUUAUCAUGAAUCCUUCACAACAACCAACAAAACAACAAUGGAGAACAAAUUUAACAAAGUUUUUAGAAUCCACACCUCUUAGAAUUUUCACCAUUGUGUUACUCAUAAUCGAUCUUGUUUUCACAAGUCUUGAUCUCUCUUCAUCUUUGAUAUCCUGCCCGCAAAAUCGGAACGCGAUAAAUCAAGAAACGGUAGAGGUUUGGUACCAUUGGGCAGGUAUAGGGAUCUUGGGAUUGCUAUUUCUGAAGAGUGUAGGCCUUAUUGUAGGUCUAGGGUGCACGUUUUUUCGAAGACCAGGGUACUUGCUAGAUGGCAUAGUGGUUAUGGUGGCAUUAUUUUUGGAAGCUUAUUUGGAAAAAAAUGGAGGAGGAUUACUUUUUGUUGUUAGCUUAUGGAGAGUUGUUAGAGUUGUUGAAAGUGCUUUUGAGUUGAGUGAUGAAGCAAUUGAAGCACAAAUUGAAGAAAUUGUUUGUCAAUUUGAAGAAUUGAAAGAAGAAAAUAAAAGAUUGAUGGAUAGUGUUGUUGAGAAAGAUAAACAAAUUGAAAUACUUCAACAAGAAUUGGAUCAAUACAAAAAAUCAACUUACUAG